ACACAAUGGGAAACAUUAAUCGGCGAAGGAAACCUCCAGUAGAUGCUGGCAGAACAGAUGAAAUUCAGAUCAGUAAGGAAGAACCUACAUGCCCCUCAAAAGACAAUUCAGUCACACCACAAAUGUGUUCUUCACAUGAACUCUAUGAAGAUAAUGAAGAAGUGUUUUAUAAAUUUGUAAUUCUUCAUGCUGAAACAGAUAUACAUGAGGCUAUAAGAAUGAAGGAUUUGCUGCAAGACACUUUCCACAUCAAGCCAGGACUUAUAUUUGCAGAAAUGCCUGCAGGCCAGCAUAUAUUAAAAACACUGGACAAUGCAGUGAAUGGAUCAGCCUGGACUAUUAUACUACUCACUGAGAACUUCCUCAAAGAGACUUGGUGUGAGUUCCAGUCGCAUGCCACGUUAAUCAAUUCCAUUCAAAUGUACCAUAAAUAUAAUACUGUGAUCCCAGUGAGACCGAGAGACAAUUACCUGCCAAGAGACAAGACACCCUUUCCAAUAAAUCUCUUUAACGCCUUGGAAGAAAAGAGUCCAGAGUUCAAUUGGCUAGUGGAAAGAACCUUCCAGGAGUCCGUAUAUCAGAGGCAUUAUGCAACAUGGAAGGCUGAAAAAGAGAGCAUGGAACAAAGAGAAAUAUAA